GUUUUGCGGUCGGUCGUAGCGGAAGAACGCAAACUUCUGAACUCGUAUCAAAAAGUGCCUAUAUACCGAGCAACAACUGCAACACACACAGCGCAGUAGUGUUAAAAAGAACAACAAGAAAAGAAAAACCGAAAGUAAAGAAAAGAAAGAAAGACCAAAUAGCAGUAGCAAGCAACAUUGAGUAGUCACAGGCAAAAACAAUAAAACAGCAAAAAAGAAAACGAAAGGAAAGAAAUGAAAAUGAAAUAACCAACAAAAAUUGCGCUUUAAAUUAGCACUACACUAACAGCAACUAUAGCAAAAAACAGCUAUAUAUAAUACAAAUAAAAGUAGCAUAAAUAUUGCAAUAAAGUGUAAAAAAUACAACGCGCGAGCAACGCAAAAAGUGCGAGUUUAGCAAAAAAAAAAUUACACUUACAUAGCUAGAACUGAAAAAAGUUUAAAAUUCGCACAGUGCGCUACAGCAGUUGUGCUGUGCUGUGAAGCUUUUGCGGGAGAGCACAGAAGAAAAAAUAAAAUUAAAAAUACAAUUAAAGAGAUAAUUCCAAAAAAUAUAUGUACAUAUAAAUAAACAAGGAAAAUUCCAACUGUGUAACAAAUAUUGCAUAAAAGCUGUGUUUUAAGGCAGUCAACGCAUCGGCAGAGACAUAAACUUGCAAAUAAAAACGCAAGCAAACAAAUAUAAAUAAAAUAAGAAAACAAUCAAAUUGUAACAAAAGGUUUAUAGAUAGGUAUUAAAAACAAAGCUAAGUCGGUUAAAAAAAUAAUAGACGCUUAAGUUUUUAGAAAUCAUAUUUAAAGAAAAUUGCAAAAACUAAGCAAGCAGCAACCCCAAAAAAAUAAAAUUCAAAUCACAAGCACAAGCAAUUUGAGAAAAACUACAGCGGAAAGUGCGACAGUGAGAGAAUAAUAAAAACAAAAAAAAAAUAAAUAGAAACUGCGAACACAAAAUGGCUUAUUAUCAUCAUCGCAUUUCAACAUCGAAAAUUCUUAUUAGCGGCAUACCGCUGCAAACGCGUUUUGAAGACAUCGAACCUCUACUGAAGCCAUACGGCAUCGUCAAACAGUGUGAGGCUGUCUCUAGUAAGGACCCCAAUACUCAGACUGUACAUAUAACAUUCGAAAAUCCCGAUCAGGCUCAAAGAGCUGCUGGCGGAUUGAACGGUGUCGAAUUCGAGGGCAAUAAAUUGCACUCCGAGCCAUUGGAUAAAAAUCAACGUCGUACUAAUCGCAACCAACGCAAUCCAUAUCCCGGUAUGCCAGGACCCGGACGUCAAGCUGAUUUUCCGCUGCGCAUUCUUGUGCAAAGCGAAAUGGUUGGCGCCAUUAUUGGCCGUCAAGGUAGCACCAUACGUACGAUAACACAACAGAGUCGCGCACGUGUCGAUGUGCAUCGGAAGGAGAAUGUCGGUUCGCUAGAGAAGGCCAUAACCAUUUAUGGUAAUCCGGAGAAUUGUACAAAUGCAUGCAAGCGCAUUUUGGAGGUGAUGCAACAGGAGGCCAUCUCAACGAAUAAGGGCGACAUCUGUUUGAAAAUUCUCGCCCACAACAAUCUCAUCGGUCGCAUUAUUGGCAAAAAUGGCAACACCAUAAAGCGUAUCAUGCAAGAGACAGACACCAAGAUCACCGUCAGCUCGAUCAAUGACAUCAGCAGCUUCAAUUUGGAACGCAUAAUUACGGUUAAGGGCCAAAUUGACAAUAUGUCACGUGCCGAGGCGCAGAUUAGCUCGAAAUUGCGUCAAAGCUACGAGAAUGACUUGCAAGCAAUGGCACCACAAUCGCUUAUGUUCCCCGGCCUCCAUCCGAUGGCCAUGAUGUCGACACCCGGCAACGGUAUGGUCUUCAAUCCCAGCAUGCCAUAUCAAUCGUGCCCGGGCUUCCCGAUGUCUAAGACACCGGCGAGCGUGGUGCCGCCCGUCUUCCCCAAUGACAUGCAGGAGACCACAUACCUCUAUAUACCGAAUAAUGCGGUGGGUGCGAUUAUCGGCACCAAGGGCUCACAUAUACGCAGCAUAAUGCGUUUUUCGAAUGCCUCGCUCAAGAUCGCCCCGAUCGACACCGAUAAGCCGGCCGAUAUGCAAACCGAACGAAAGGUGACGAUCGUCGGUACGCCGGAGGGUCAAUGGAAGGCGCAGUAUAUGAUUUUCGAAAAGAUGCGCGAGGAGGGUUUCAUGUGCGGCACCGAAGAUGUGCGACUAACUGUCGAAAUAAUGGUGGCCAGUUCGCAGGUGGGCCGAAUAAUUGGCAAGGGCGGUCAGAAUGUUCGUGACUUGCAACGCGUCACUGGCAGUGUAAUCAAACUGCCAGAGCAUGCGGUGGCGCCAGCAGCGGGUGGUGAUGAGGAGACGCCCGUGCACAUAAUUGGUCAAUUCUAUAGCGUGCAGUCGGCACAGCGUCGCAUACGUGCCAUGAUGAUGUCGACGAAUCCGCCGCCGGUUACCAAGAAGCAAAAAGCUGCCAAAGAACAGUCCGCCGCCGCCGCCGCUGCAGCAGCUGCUGCCGCUGCCGGCAGUGGGACUCAGCAACUGCCGCAGCAACAGCAGCAGCAGCAGGUAACACAGCAACAGCAGCCACAACCAUCACUGCAACAGCCGCAGCAGUCGCAACAACAGUCGCCACAGCAACAACAACCACAACAACAACAACAACAACCAUCUGCGUCAAGUCAGUAAGCAAAGUAG